GGGCUCAUCCCGGCAUCCUGAGGGGAGGUAAUUUGCACGGAUCAAGGGGGCAAGGCGCCGCAAAGUAUAAAUACUGUGACUUCAAUAGAGGAUCACCAGCAGGUUCCCAACUCCGCUACCAAAGGAGGAGGAAUUGGCUGAGAAGAUAUAUCUUCAUAUAUUUUUUACCUUUUGUCCAGAGUUUGGCUGCAUCACCUUGUAUCAUUUUCAAGGGGUCGACUUUAAAAAGAGCCGCACCACUGAUGUCUUAAGCUGUCGUGGAGCAAAGGGAGAGUGUGUGAGUGAGUGUGUGUGGUGUGUGUGAUUUUUUUUUAAAGAGGAGAGGAAGGAGUGAUGGAAGAGCUCACCGCUUUCGUGUCUAAGUCUUUCGAUCAGAAAGUGAAGGAGAAGAAGGAAGUGAUAACCUACAGGGAGGUGUUGGAGACCGGGUCGACGCGAGCAGGGAGCAGGGAGUCUUUAUCUGCGGAACCGGGGAGCCGAGAGGAGCCGGCCGCCGUUAACCGGAACGUUGCGCUCUCGCCGGGCAGGGAAACUGACAUGCUCGGCCCGGAAAGAAUCAGGGACGCCGGGAGCCCCAAACUCAUUGACGGCACCACGGAUGUAAAAGAGAGAAAAGAGGACUCGAAGCCCAUUGAAGACGAGACACAAACUAAAAUCAAACAGAGGAGAAGUCGGACUAACUUCACAUUAGAGCAGCUCAAUGAGCUGGAGCGGCUCUUCGACGAAACCCACUACCCGGACGCCUUCAUGCGGGAGGAGCUUAGCCAGCGACUGGGACUGUCGGAGGCCCGAGUACAGGUUUGGUUCCAGAACAGAAGAGCCAAAUGCAGAAAGCAGGAAAACCAAUUACAUAAAGGAGUCCUGAUUGGAGCAGCGAAUCAGUUUGAAGCCUGUCGUGUAGCGCCAUAUGUCAACGUGGGGGCUUUACGGAUGCCAUUCCAACAGGAUAGUCAUUGCAACGUGCCGCCCUUCUCCUUUCAGGUGCAGGCGCAGCUACAGCUGGACAGCGCCGUGGCGCACGCGCAACACCACCUGCACUCUCACCUGGCGGCGCACGCGCCCUACAUGAUGUUCCCCGCGCCGCCGUUCGGCCUCCCCCUGGCGACGCUCGCGGCAGAGUCAGCCUCCGCCGCCUCCGUCGUGGCCGCCGCCGCCGCCGCCAAGAACACCAGCAAAAACUCCAGCAUCGCCGACCUAAGACUGAAGGCCAAAAAGCACACGGCCGCGUUGGGACUGUGACCCCUCCUCCCUCUCCCCCCUUCCACUCCACUCCACUUCCCUCACCUCCCCUUCCCCCAGAGAGACGUUACAGGACACGAGGCGCGGACGCACUACGGAACUUGCGACUGAGAGACACUGAACUUUAACGCUUAUAAAGUGUGCGGGAAAAAAAGAAUCCAAGGACAAAGUGAGAAAAAAAAUUAUCCAUGGACGUUAUUUAUGUUUUUAAAACGAAGGACAACGAACAUGACUAUUAAAUAUAGGCUAUUUAUGAGAAAAAUAAAAGGGGACUGUGACGUUAUAGCCUACCCAGACGUGGUUUUUGACGCCAAAAAAAACAAAAACAAAAACAAAACAAACAGACAAACAAACAAACAAACAGAAAAA